AUGAAGUGGAUUAUUGGCCUUCUUCUCGUUUCGACUGUAUCUGCAUCUCGACUUCCGAAUGUCGGUUCUAACUUACGUAUAUUGAAGAACAUCAUAGGUAGUUUGAAUGAAGAUGCAGAUGCCUGUUCCGACUACUUUGACUUCGCUUGUGGAAAUUAUUCUGUUACCCACUUCGACGACCCUUUUCCCGAUAUGUACCAAAUGCUGAACCACAAAUUAAAUGUGAAACUCAUCAAACUGAUUGAGGAAAUUGGUGAGAAGUCGCUGGAAGCGUCGAGUGUGGAGGCGAAGGUCUUGCGAUUCUACCACAACUGCCGGGAGGCCCCUCCAGAAACACGGCAGAUCGAACAUUACUUGAGACUGACUCCUCCCGGCGAGGGGCUCACCUGGCCCCCGCUGACCCCCUCCGGUACUUCCUGGCCCAAAAACCAGUUCAAGUGGUUAGAAACCCUGGCAUAUUUAAGUCGGUUCGGCCCUAUAAAUGUAUUGAUUGAUAUAGAGAUAUCGUACAAUUGGCAGAACAGUACGGAGUUUCUGCUAAACCUAAACAAAUCCAAUGCCCAGAUCGAUUCUGCGGAAGUACGCAAAAUUCUUCGAUCCAUGGGAGUUCCAUCAGAAAGAAUACAGAAUAUAAUCCGGUUGCUACUUAAGUUGGACUCGGAUGUAUCUAACCUUGCCCAAGAGGACGGAAGAGGCCAAAUUAUGAGUGUGCAGAGAUUGAACAGCGCUACUGGCUACGACUGGCAGAGGUUCAUCGAGAUAAUUGUGGGCCACCCUAUUGAACCCACCCUAUUCCGGGUGGAGAUCGAGAACUUGCCCUACCUCACGGCUAUUACGCAACUGGUAGACUCAUACGACGGUGAGCUAGUUGCUUACUAUAUUAUGGCUGGAUUCGUGCGAUAUCUGCAGGAAGACACUGAGUUUGGGAGGGAUCCCUUAGACUGCAUUCAGGAUGUGCGCCGCAACAUGUAUGUGGCUUCUAACCUACUCUACAGGGAACACUUCCUGACGACGCUGCCAUUAUACACAAAAGAAAUUCAAGAGAUCUUCGAGCAAAUUCGCCACCAGUUGCUACUAAAAAUCGAACGCAAUCACCUUGGACUGAACGCCGAGCAGAAAAAGAUGAUCUACGGGAAAGUAAAAAAUACUGUCCUCAACAUCGGCAACAUGCCCAAGGGCCGAGACCUCCGGAGCUUCGCCGAUCAACACUAUGAGGAUCUGGAGAUUUCCUCCGCAGAUGAACUCGACUUUGCCCGGGAACACCUCAAGUUUAUGGAGUUCCGCAACCGGAAGGAGAUGGCGUUACUGCACCAGCCCGAUCAGAAUCCCAAAGAUUAUUUCGACAUGCCUAGCAGAUACUUUGCCACAAGCUCCGGUCCCUACUAUUUACCCAUUUCCAACGCUAUUAUAUUUCCAUACGGUCUUCUGCAGGAACCAUACUUCCUGCCUGAUAGCCACGAUGUAUUCAAGUUCAGCAUUCUGGGAGCAGAUCUUGGCCAUGAGCUGAUGCACGCCGUUGACAAAGACUAUAUGUUCGUCGAUGGCCAUGGAAACCAUAACGAAUUUGGAUGGGAAAUCAGGGAGCUGCCGCGGUUUCAGGAGGGUUUGGAGUGCAUGAAUCGCAGUUGGUCGGCCAAACUGGCAGAGCGAAUGGCGGAUAUUGGGGGUCUUGAUCUCGCCUACUCGGCCUACUUUGAAAGCGGCAAAAUAAGGGACCCAACAAUUAUUAAGAAGGUUUCUCCUGAGCAGAUGUUUUUCCUUAACUAUGCCCAAGCUUUUUGCACAGAUGGCUAUCCGGAAGACGACGAGGAUCACGAUGAAGCGAAGUUGCGUUUGGAACUAAUUGGAAGCGGUGCCGCCCCGUUUGACAGAGCUUUUGAUUGUCGUCGGAAUAACACACCAUGCCAGUUGUGGUGA